GACGUAGGCGUUAUCCCACAUGCGCCUUAGCGGCACAUGCGUACUGGGUGUUACAGAGGUUAGCGCGCCUGCGCGGGGUGGUCGGAGGUUGCGGGCGGCGCCAUGUCAGUGUUCCACGAUGAGGUGGAGAUCGAGGACUUCGAGUACGAUGAGGAGACCGAGACCUACAGCUACCCGUGUCCCUGCGGGGACCGCUUCCUCAUCUCCCGGGAGGACUUGGAGAACGGUGAGGACGUGGCCACGUGCCCUAGCUGCUCGCUCCUCGUACGCGUCAUCUACGACCAGGAACAGUUUAUGCGUGACGAAGUAGUCUCAGAACCUACAACAAGCAAGGAAUUGGUUAAAUGCUGAUGAAUACUGUAUGGACUCUGCUGCUGUUCAGUAAAAAUGUUGUGGGUAUGUCAAUGUGAAGAAGACACAAAGAAUGUUUCCAAAGUGUUUGCUGCUUCUCUUAUCAAGCAGUUGUCAGUAGUUUGAGAGAGAAUAAAAUGAUAGCAAAAUGUUGGCAGGCUUUGCACGUAAAGGAGCAAAUAGUGACUGUAGAACAUUGAUUGUUCAAAACAUCAAUUAACUGGAAGGCUUUGCACAGUUUUAACAAAGAAAAAUGUUGUGCCUGUCAGUAAAAUAAGUUCUGUGUCCAGAAUUCUGACUUGUACGAGUGGUCAGUAAUCUGAGCCUCCUUUUCUGGCAUCAGACAGCACUUGGGUUUUGCUUGUUGAGAGAACUGCUAUUUACUAGUACUUUUGAGAUUUUGAAGAUCACGCUUCGCUAUUUUAAGUUGUAUGCAGCAGUUACACUUUUGCCUUGGUGCCCAAGCGGAAGCCUGUUGUUCUGUCCUUGAAGUAGAAAGCUGAGAUUAUAGAAAAGCUAAAGAAAGGGGAAUCAGCCUCAAAGCUAUCGGAUGACUAUAAUAUUGGUCUAUCAAUAAUUUAUGACUUGAAGAAAAAAAACAGUGCAUCCAUUAUAAAUUUUGUGUCGACCGUGGACAGCAGAGUAAGUAAAGUAAGGAAAUCCAUGAAAAAGGCAGAGAAUGUUCAGCUAGAAAAUGCAGUUCAUACAUGGUUUCUCCAGAUAAGAAGUUUUAGGAGACCAAGUAUCUCAGUGACUUCUUUGUGAAAAAGUACUUGAGCUAAAUGAAAAACUUAAUGGGGAUCCAAAUUUCAAAGCCAACACUAGGUGGCUACAAAAUUUCAAGUUGCGUCAUGGAAUAAGAGGAUUGAAAAUGCAAGGGAAGAAAUUACCUGCAGACGAACCAGCAGCUCAUUCAUUCAAAAUGAAGUUUUUGUCAUAUCUUCCGCUUUCUACGGUAGACAGAGACAGUGUUUACAAUGCUGACAAAAUCGGUCUAAAUUGGAAAGCUUUGCCUCGGAAGGCCUUAACCUCACAUACCAGAGCUGCUGCUUUCUGCUGUAAAGUAAGCAUGGAUUGUAUCACAGCCAUGAUAUGUGCCAGCUCAGGUGGGUCCCAUAGGCUUCCAGUGCAUAUCGUUUGAAAAAAAACAAAGGUCCCCAAUGCUUUAAAAGACUUGCAAAUGUUCCAGCAGCCUACAGAAACCAGAAAAGUGCUUGGGUUGACAGUGGUGUGUUUCGGGAUUGGUACAGGAAUGCGUUCAUUCCUGAAGUUACAAAACAUCAGAAGAAAAAUGGAAAGCAUGGAAGUGAUUUGCUUAUGUUAGGUAAUGUACCUUCCCAGCUGUGUGAAGAAAUUCUGAAUAAAGAAAAUGAGAAUUUCAAGGUCCUUUUCCUACCACCAAAUAUCACGUCCAUCCUUUCAACCAGUGGAUCAACGGGUGAUUGAGACAUUCAGGCAUCUUUACAGAAUAUUUCUGCAUCAGUUGUUUCUUGCUGGUAGUGACGAUGAAGGAAUUUUUAAUGUUUACAAAAAGAUGGACCUAAAGGAAGCGUUUGCCAUCACGUAUGAUGCUUGGGCAUUAGUAUCAAGAAUCACGCUGUUCCAAACCUGGAAGAAAUUAUGGCCACCGGCAGUGAUGCACACAGGUAGUAGUGAUGAUGGUGAGGACAACAAAGCAGAGGUCAGCAUGUUAAGGUAACAUUCCAGGUUGCAAACAGUGUGAUGACAACACAGGUGGAUGGCUUCCUGUUGAUGCUGGAGAUCCAGGGUAUCGCAUCCUAAUGGAUGUUGAGAUUGUAAACCUUGGCUACACAAGAAACAGAGUGCAAACAGUCUCCUAAAGAUAAGGAAGAGGAAAUUAGCCCUUCACAUGUGGAAGCCUUUUCAGCUUUUGAAACUAGAAUAAAAUGGUUAGAGAGACAAGAAGAGGGUGAUACAGUACAGCUCCUCUUUCUAAAAAACCUUUGUGAUUUGGCAGCCAAGAAAAGAUAUGAUGCCCUCAAGCAAGAAAAACCUUAAUAAUUUUUUUUUUUCCCGUAACUAUACUGUUGUAUUCCAGGUGUUCCUUGUGUAUAGAACUGUAUAGUAAUCUUACUGCAGUCAGCCAAAUUUGAUUUCCAUUUUUUUAUAUAUUUUCUGUACAGUAAUCUGAUGUAUAGCUUUCAGAUCUUCAUAUUGUGAUGUUUAGGUUAUCUGGCAAAAAAUGAUUUGCCAGAGUGAUGGUGACACUACUAGGAUGCUGAUUUUUUUUUUUUUCCAGAAUAAUUACAUUGGUGAAAUCAUAACUUUUUUUUCCAUGAAUGUUUAAAUCAAUCAGUGGUUUUUCUAUGUACUUGUUCCAUCCCAAACCUAUCUAGCACUAGCUAUAGAUAGUGGUUCUUCAGAGUCUAGAUUUGGCAAGCACUCUAGAAUAGUACACCAAAUGAAACCACUGAAUCACUAAAUACUGACAAUGAGAAAGUGGGUUUCUUAAUCUCUGUUACAAAGGAACUAAUUCAUCAUGAGGACAAAGCUGUACUGUUUUUAGAGUUCUAAUCCAGGUAAUAAGUGUUCUGAUCAGAAAGUCUGAUGCUGUAGUUGUCUUCAGUAGAUAUAAUCAAGUAAUUUAUCAUCUAUCACUAAAAGGAACAAAACUUUAGGCUCUGAGGCAAGCUUGUAAUAUUGAUUGGCAAGGUAAACUUGAAGUAGUCUAGGUAACGUCCAGUUUCCUUUGUACAAAGAAAUGAUGAGCCAAGUUUUAGUUAUGCAUGCAUUCUUAACAGCCUGUGGAUAACGUGUUGCCUACGUGCCCUGGUUUGAGGACUGCUGCUGUAACUGAAAGUAUUAGUUAACCAACUCUUCCAGCUGUCUUUUUAAUGUACUUGCCUUGCACCUGUUAUCAGAUAGUACAGGGGUGUCUGUGUCAGGCCCAGCCCUGUGCGUCAAAUGCAGGUCCAGUCCAAGAUCUACCCUGAUACUAAAUAUGCUGUAAAUGUGUUUUGGCUGCUUGUACAGAUUUCACAAAUAUCUGAAGCUGCCAAGUACUGUAAAAGAACUGCUUAACACUCAUUAGGCUUUACAGAAGUAGAACCUGAAACAUUUGAAAAAAUGCUUAUCAGCAUUUCUUUCAGUGCUGGGGUUGGUGUGCUCCAUAUAUGUAUAGUUUUGUACAAGAAUAAGUGGUAGUCUUGGUAGAUAAAGACUACCCCACUUCAAAAUACUUUUCUGUGGGCUUCUUUCUAAAUGAAGUCAGUGUUUCUUAAAUAUUUAUUUUUAAAAAUGCCCUUCCCUGUGUUAGAAUAGGGUUUGACAUGGCCUAAAUUUAACAUAAAUGUUUAGAUUUACUUUACAACAUUAAUGAUUCACUUACUGGUCAGGGAGACCAGUAACUGGACCAUAUACUACAAUCAUUUAAUUGUUUCUGGAUAGCAAAAUAAGCAAGACAAGAUUUAAACUGCGUCUUGCUUUUUAUAGGUUUGGCUGAGUGUAAACAUUAGGGAUAAAUGCUUAUUACAGAUUGCUUAGGGUUGCAUCUAAACCAAAUCGUGAAAAUUCAGUUAUGAAGCUCAGUAAACUUUUUUCCCCCCUUUUAAUAUAAGAAAAAUGGUUCCAAAAAAAUCUUUUUACCUGAAAGUUCUGAAUUUGAGCUGUGUGACUCUGACUUGUUAUUGCUCCAUUGGUUUUAUCAGUAGGUGGUGCUCACAUUAUCUAGAGUCUUAAGUUUGAAAAAGAUGCUAUAGUUAUUUAAAUUAUUUUAAAAUACAUUUUAAGAAAUAUUUAUUUUGCGUAUUUAAAUAAAGAUUUUUCAUAUUGCAACACUAAA